ACCAUCGAUUGGCAAUAUUACACUUUGUGAAUUUAUAGCGAUUGAACAUUUAGCUGUAUGUAUUCUAUAACGGAAUAAUCUUCAAAGUUGUGUGUACGGAAACACCGACACUAAACGUAUAUAUAAUGCCAUAUAACAAAGUCGACAUUUGGCACGAUGGAUUAGUUGAAAAGAAUUUUAAAAAUAUCAUGGUAUAAGAAGAAAGACGUUGAUAUGGCGACUUCAGCACAACCGAAUGUGGUUUGUUGUCCACAUAAAUAUGUCGAUCUUCCUGUUAGCGCUUUGGAGAUGAAGUCGAGAUUGAGGCUGGCAGAAUAUCUAGAUAAAAAGGCAAACCGCUGAAGGUUGAACUCGGCAACAUUCUUACUGACAUUAUGAAUGACUUCACUGGUCUCGUAACGCUAUCAGGUCAAGAAGACUGUCGUGAUAUCGUCGAAUUUAAGAAUCAACUAAAAAGUCCGACCAUAACGUUAAUCGACCGAUGGAUUGGCCACGGUGUCACAAUUGGUAAAUUCUGGGAAUAUCUGCUGAUUCUUCAACGUCAUGACGUCAUUCAAGAAUGCAGUCCAAUGAUAAUGAGCGAUUGCCAGAAUUAUGCCGACCAAAUAAAGAAUCCUGCCUCGGCUCGGAAGAGUCCAAAAUAUAAUGAUCUUUCUGAUUCUUCUGAUUCUUCUGAAACGUGGCUGAGAGCAACGAAACGAGAAGGGUUUUGUUCUUGGCAGGGUGGGCAGAAUCAGCAUCGUGGUACCGGUGUUUUACUGUUCUGGCAGUUAGGCCGGCGAGGAACGAUGGCAGAUGCUUAUGAGGUGGAUGAAGUUUCGUCUGGUUACAGCUGA